CUAGUGUAUGGCCCUCCGGGCGGUCCUGGCCACGACUGGGAGAUGUAAUCAGCGCUGAACGGUCAAGUGCGCCCUCCGGGCGCAGAAAAUUCCGCGCGCUUUGGUCUUUCCUGUUACGUAGUUCAGUAACAUUCCAACAAGACCGACUCGAACACUUCAAGAUUUCACCCAGGAAUAGAUUUAUAGCAGCCGAGCCAGGGCCCUCUACCCAUCGUCGAGAAUACUGCCUAUGCCGAUGUGCCGCUGGCCGCGAACUGCCAGUCUAGUCAAAGACGAUUACCGCAGCAUACCGCGUAUCCGCCGGGGCUACAGCCGUGCGUCUUCGAUAUUACGAUGACUACGACGCGACUCUGGACCUUGCAUAGGUACGGGCAGGACAGCGUCGUGACUAUCGGCGACGCGUUUUCACAACAUUAUGUCGUGUCUUGCGUCUGCUUGGUGUCACACGGGCACUCGACUUCUUUGGCAGCUCAGGCUAGGGCAUUGUGCACCCGAACUCUACCAUACAUUCCAAUCUACCGCUACAGCUGAAUAGAC